AGGAGGGGGCAGCCAGGUGGCCAGAGCGCGGCGUAGGCUGGCUGUGGGUGUGUGCACCUUCCAGGCUCCGGGUCGCAUUUACUCUGGUCCUUUUCUUCAAGAUGGAGGGAUCCCCGGGCCUGGACACUCCCCUCCCGGGAAGCAAUGAUGUUGUCCACUGGGCAUGUACUGACCAAUGUGGCAGGUCUGAGAACAUAGCUGAAGCUGAAAAUAGGAAAGCUGGGGGCAAGGAAGAGCCUUGAAUCUUGAGGUGGGACGUUGACUCUAAGAUGUCCUUGAGCAGUGGAGCCUCCGGAGGGAAAGGAGUGGAUGCAAACCCGGUUGAGACAUACGACAGUGGGGAUGAAUGGGACAUUGGAGUAGGGAAUCUCAUCAUUGACCUGGACGCCGAUCUGGAAAAGGACCAGCAGAAACUGGAAAUGUCAGGCUCAAAGGAGGUGGGGAUACCGGCUCCCAAUGCUGUGGCCACACUACCAGACAACAUCAAGUUUGUGACCCCAGUGCCAGGUCCUCAAGGGAAGGAAGGCAAAUCAAAAUCCAAAAGGAAUAAGAGUGGCAAAGACACUAGCAAACCUACUCCAGGGACUUCCUUGUACACUCCAAGUGAGGGGGCAGCUAGCAAGAAAGAGGUGCAGGGGCGCUCAGGAGAUGGUGCCAAUGCAGGAGGCCUGGUUGCUGCUAUUGCUCCCAAGGGCUCGGAGAAGGCGGCUAAGGCAUCACGCAGUGUAGCCGGCUCCAAAAAGGAGAAGGAGAACAGUUCGUCUAAGAGCAAGAAGGAGAGAAGCGAAGGAGUGGGGACUUGUUCAGAAAAGGAUCCUGGGGUCCUCCAGCCAGUUGCCUUGGGAGGACGGGGUGGUCAGUAUGAUGGAAGUGCAGGGGUGGAUACAGGCGCUGUGGAGCCACUUGGGAGUAUAGCGAUUGAGCCUGGGGCAGCGCUCAAUCCUUUGGGAGCUAAACCGGAGCCAGAGGAAGGGGAGAAUGAGUGUCGCCCGCUAAAGAAAGUCAAGUCUGAAAAGAUGGAGUCCCCCGUCUCUACACCAGCGGUGCUGCCACUGCACCUUUUGGUACCAGUGGUCAAUAAUGACAUCUCAUCUCCCUGUGAGCAAAUCAUGGUCCGUACCCGAUCUGUUGGGGUCAACACGUGUGAUGUGGCUCUGGCCACAGAACCUGAGUGCUUGGGCCCCUGUGAACCUGGAACCAGCGUCAACCUUGAAGGAAUUGUGUGGCAGGAAACAGAAGACGGGAUGCUGGUGGUGAAUGUGACGUGGAGAAACAAGACCUACGUGGGUACGCUGCUCGACUGUACGCGGCACGACUGGGCUCCUCCCAGGUUCUGUGACUCCCCCACCAGUGACUUGGAAAUGCGCAAUGGUCGUGGCAGAGGCAAACGAAUGCGUCCCAACAGUAACACACCCGUCAAUGAGACAGCCACAGCCUCUGACAGCAAAGGGACCAGCAGCAGCAGCAAAACUCGAGCAGGAGCCAAUAGUAAAGGCCGUCGGGGCAGCCAGAAUUCUUCAGAGCAUCGCCCACCUGCCAGCGGCUCCUCUGAGGACGUCAAGGCCAGCCCUUCCUCCGCCAGUAAGCGGAAAAACAAGCCCCUGUCAGACAUGGAGCUGAAUUCCAGCUCGGAGGACUCCAAAGGGAGCAAGCGAGUCCGGACAAACUCUAUGGGCUCAGCCACCGGCCCCCUCCCUGGGACCAAGGUAGAACUCACUGUCCUGGACAGAAACUGCCCUUCCCCAGUCCUGAUCGACUGUCCCCACCCAAACUGCAACAAGAAGUACAAGCACAUCAACGGACUCAAGUACCACCAAGCCCACGCCCACACGGACGACGACAGCAAGCCGGAAGCGGAUGGGGACAGUGAGUACGGAGAGGAGCCCGCCCUCCAUGCAGACCUCGCCAGCUGCAAUGGUGCGUCCGUCUCCCAGAAAGGCUCCCUGUCCCCUGCCCGCUCAGCUACCCCCAAAGUUCGGCUCAUGGAGCCCCACAGCCCUUCUCCUUCGAGCAAAUUUAGCACAAAAGGCCUCUGCAAGAAAAAGCUGAGUGGGGAAGGGGACACGGACCUUGGGGCCUUAUCUAAUGACGGCUCUGAUGAUGGACCCUCGGUAAUGGAUGAAACAAGUAAUGAUGCCUUUGACUCUUUGGAAAGAAAGUGUAUGGAAAAAGAAAAAUGUAAAAAGCCCUCUAGUUUGAAAGCAGAAAAGAUUCCUUCCAAGAGCUUGAAGUCAGCCCGGCCCAUUGCGCCUGCCAUCCCCCCUCAGCAGAUCUACACCUUCCAGACGGCCACGUUCACGGCAGGGAGCCCAGGCUCUUCCUCAGGCCUGACCACCACGGUGGUGCAAGCCAUGCCCAACAGCCCCCAGCUCAAACCCAUCCAGCCAAAGCCCACCGUGAUGGGGGAGCCUUUCACCGUCAACCCUGCCUUGACACCUGCCAAGGACAAGAAGAAGAAGGACAAAAAAAAGAAAGAGUCCUCCAAGGAGCUGGAAAAUCCUCUGACCCCUGGGAAGGUCUGUCGAGCAGAAGAAGGAAAAAGCCCCUUCAGGGAGUCAUCAGGAGACGGCGUGAAGAUGGAGGGGCUCCUGAAUGGCUCCUCUGACCCCCACCAGAGCCGCCUGGCGAGCAUCAAGGCGGAGGCCGACAAGAUCUACAGCUUCACGGACAACGCCCCCAGCCCUUCCAUCGGAGGCGGCAGCCGCCUGGACAGCACGCCCCCGACACAGCCCCUGACGCCCUUGCAUGUGGUGACCCAGAACGGGGCCGAAGCGAGCUCGGUGAAGACCAACAGCCCCGCCUACUCUGACAUCUCCGAUGCUGGGGAGGACGGGGAGGGCAAGGUGGACAGCCUCAAGUCCAAGGACCCGGAGCAGCUGGGGAAGGAAGGGGCUAAGAAGACGCUCUUUCCCCCUCAGCCGCAGAGCAAAGACUCCCCGUACUACCAGGGCUUUGAGAGCUACUACUCUCCAAAUUACGCCCAGUCCAGCCCCGGGGCCCUGAACCCUGGCAGCCAGGUGGGCGUGGAGAGCCAGGCCUUGAAGCCAAAAAAGGAGGAGGAGCCGGAGAGCCUGGAGGGCAAAGGAAAGAGCGACCUCUGUGAGGAAAAGAAGCCGGAACUGAGCGGCUCCAGCCAGCAGCCCUCGGUCAUCCAGCAGCGCCCCAACAUGUACAUGCAGUCGCUGUACUACAACCAGUACGCCUACGUGCCGCCCUACGGCUACGGAGACCAGGGCUACCACGCGCACCUGCUGAGCACCAACGCCGCCUACCGGCAGCAGUACGAGGAACAGCAGAAGCGCCAGGGCCUGGAGCCGCCGCGGGGCCCCGACAAGAAGGCGGAGCUGGGGCUCAGGGACCGCGAGGCUGCGCUCAAGGAGGAGUGGAAGCAGAAGCCGUCCGUCCCGCCCACCCUCACCAAGGCCCCCAGCCUCACGGACCUGGUGAAGUCGGGGCCCGGCAAGGCCAAGGAGCCGGGGGCCGACCCUGCCAAGUCGGUCAUCAUUCCCAAGCUGGACGACGCCUCCAAACUCCCCAGCCACACCCCAGAGGGCCUGAAGGUGAAGCUGAGCGAGGCCAGCCACCUGGGCAAGGAGGCCUCGGAGGGCAAGACGGGAACUGAGUGUGGCCGCCAGGCAGAGGUGGAUCCGAUUCUCUGGUACCGGCAGGAGGCAGAGCCCCGGAUGUGGACAUACGUGUAUCCUGCCAAGUACUCAGACAUCAAGUCAGAGGAUGAGCGGUGGAAAGAGGAGCGAGACCGAAAAUUGAAGGAGGAAAGGAGUCGGAAUAAGGACUCUGUUCCCAAGGAGGAUGGGAAGGAAAGCACAAGUAGUGACUGCAAGCUGCCCACGUCUGAGGAGUCCCGCCUUGGGAGCAAGGAGCCCCGGCCAAGUGUCCAUGUGCCUGUAUCCUCCCCCCUCACCCAGCACCAGUCCUACAUCCCCUACAUGCACGGCUACUCCUACAGCCAGUCCUACGACCCCAACCACCCCAGCUACCGGGGCAUGCCUGCUGUGAUGAUGCAGAACUACCCAGGUUCCUACUUGCCUUCCAGUUACUCUUUCUCUCCGUAUGGCAGCAAGGUCUCAGGUGGUGAAGAUGCCGAGAAGGCACGAGCCAGCCCCAGUGUCAGUUGUAAAUCCAGCUCAGAGUCCAAAGCCCUGGACAUCUUGCAGCAGCAUGCCAGCCACUACAAGAGCAAGUCACCCACGAUUAGCGAUAAGACUUCUCAGGAGCGAGAUCGGGGAGGCUGUGGGGUGGUUGGAGGUGGUGGCAGUUGCAGCAGUGUGGGGGGAGCAGGCGGAGCUGAACGGAGUGUUGACCGGCCGCGCACCUCCCCUUCCCAGCGCCUGAUGUCCACACAUCACCACCACCAUCACUUGGGGUACUCGCUGCUCCCCACACAGUACAACCUACCCUAUGCAGCAGGGCUUUCUUCUACAGCCAUUGUUGCCAGCCAGCAAGGCUCAGCUCCCUCACUCUACCCACCCCCCCGGAGGUGAGAAUGAACAAGUGCCCGGAUAAAGUCAGCUUCACGGGCGCGGACUGCCUCACCCAGGGAGGUGCAGGAGGUGCCAUUUAGACAUCAGUUAAAUGGUGUUGGUCAUCCUGUUUGCCGUUCCAACCAUGACUGAAGGCAGACCUGUGGCUAUCACCUCCUCCAGACCCUGGACUCCCUCACCCUCCCUCAGGAGCUGGAGAGCUGGUACUUAGCAAAAAUAUUUAUUCUCAGCCACAACCAUGACUGCUGUGGCCUCUCUGGAGACGAAGGCACGGGGAGCAACCAGGGGAACAUGGCCUCAGCCCAGAGAAGUCACUGCUCUGUUCCCCAGGCUCCUGUUCUGCUGCCUGCGCAGUACCAACCAACCCCCUGCAGGGAGGGACUCCCAGGCACUGGGUAAGGUCUGAAGACAGCACAGCAGCCAUCCCCUCACCGCCAUUCCCACCGUCACCAGAUCCCACACCUCCCCAGCGGUUUGGGCCCUGGGAACUGGCAGCAUGUGGAGGAAUUAGAAUCUCAGGAAAGAAAUUGGGGGCCGUUUUCUCUGUAGUCGGGAAAACAAAGUCUUCAAACACGGAGACUCCCCCGCCUCACACGUGAGCACAGAUAAAUGCUCAGCACCCAGCCUGGAGAGGGAGAUCAAGGCAUUCGCCCCACAGGGCCUUGAGCCACCCGGCAGGCAGAGGCAGGGGUUCCAACACCAGCAACAGGGCUCCCCAGUGGCUGGGGAGGGAGCUGGAGCACGAACGGAGUCUGUGAAGUUGAACCUGUGUCCCCACGAAGUCCUGCUGCUGCUUAUCUCCCCACUCUGCCCUUUUCUCUUCCAUCCUAACCCCUUGGUGCCUUUCCCAGGGGAUCCCCACACUGAAUUCACCUCUUCUUUUCCACUGCUUGGCUCUUAGGAUUCAGGCAGAUAAAACAGUAUUCCUCCAGAAUGGGGUCCCAAGGAGCCUGCCAGGUCACCGGAGGGCAAAGCCCAGCAGGCAGGCCUGAAGCACCCAGCAGUCUUGGAGAUGUUCCGUGUUCAGCUGUCCUCCUCAGCUAAGGCCACAAAAGGAUACAGCCCAGUUCUUCUGUCUACAAGUACAUGGUUUUAUACCUUCAGUGUGUGCCAAUAUAAGCUGUGUGACUCUGUAACACACAUUGUUUUUUUUAGGGGCCUUUGGCUCUGGGAAGUCAUUUGUUCCUCGGACCCUAAGAUAACACACCUAAGCAUUACUCGUGGGAGCCAGAGUGGCUUGGGCUGUGCUUGGAGGCACCAGACAUUUCUCUGCUCUCCUUAAACUUGAUCUUAGCCAAAAGGCCGAGAAGCGAUCUCUGCUCUCCUUAGAAAAGUCUCUCUGGGUCAGAGCUUUAUGCUCUCACACUGAGAAAGUGAUGAUUUGGUAGCUUUGAUAGCUCCCCAAGUGUGGAGCGCUUUCCCUUUUUGCUUUUGUGAAGUAUCAUCCCUUUGUUCUCCCCUCCUGUCUUUUCCUUGGCUCUCCAAAUUAGGAGAAAGACCAACAGACACCAACCAACCUAGGCUAAAGAAGGGCGCUCUGCAACCAGAAUGCCAAGAGAGAGCCUAAGAGCAGGAAAGCGGUUCUAACUUAGAAGAGUGGAGAGGUGGGGCCCGUAAGCACAAUUCCCAGAGAGUGGUUCCCACUGGAGCGCCUCUGUAACCCACAGACCCUUCCUGUAGGUUUCCACGUCUUUUUGUUUAAAGUUGGGUCCCGAGCACCCCCCACCGUCUUGUACCCGUUCUCAGGGCCCUGGACAGCCUCCCUGAGCCCUCAUUCCUCUGCUGCCCCAGCAGGCAGUGCCCUAAGCAGUCCCCUCGUUUCCAUUCAUGGAAGUUGCUGGUGUGGACACCUUCACCCACCUUCCGCAGAGGGUGACCAAAUUUCAGCCUGACUGCCCUCCAGGCUCCUGUGGGGUGGACCCACGCACCCAUCUCUAUUCCUGUUUUUGACUAUUGUUGUGUGUUUUGUAUCUGUGGCGCUGGCCUGCAGCGUACUCUGUACAUAGUGUAAAGAAACUGCUGGAGCAAUUUUCUUAUUCAUCGGGCAGGCACGAGUCCACGUUCCUGCCCUUUCCACUUUGUUUUGUAACACAGAGGAGGCACUUCUGUAUUCACAGGGCAGCUUUGGGUUCUGCAGAAGGAAACAGCUCAUUUUUUCAUUUCUCCCUUUAAAAAACAUAAAGGUAUCCCUUAAAGAGCAGGAGCUGCCCAAAAGAGCAAGGGAAGACAAUGCUUCUCCCUAGGUUUCCCACACACACACCAGUAACAGGCGGCAGCUGUGGCGGUCCCUGCCACCUGCCGAGGGAGGGCUUCGCUGUCCACCUCCAGCCUCUCCAUGAAAGGAACACCCCUGUGACAUACUCAGAGGGAGAAGACAGCAAGGAGCCCCACCCCACACACCAAGGCUGGGCGAGGCUGCUGCCAGACCAAGCCCCUCUCGCCACCCCUGCCCGACCUUCCCAGGAAGGACAGUGGGGCUGACAGCGCUGCUCCUUAGGGUCCACUCCUGGUUCUUUCUAUUAAGGCAUGCCAGUUCCCGUUACUCCUUGCCCUGCCUUAUACAUGUAUGCGUACAUGUAUGAAGUCUCCUGCUCUUACCCUAAGCUCCACACAUCUCAAGGUCACAGGACGACACACACAAGGCUCAGAGGGCACCCUGUGAAAUGAAGUGGUCCUUCUUGAAUCUCCUCUCCAGGCUCCAGGGCAGGGGUGGGACUUAGCUUCAGGAGUUGUUGGUGAAGACUGCAAAAGGGCUAGAGAAUUGGAUACAGGCUUUGUGGCCCCCUCAUGUCACUUGCUACCCCCACAUACCCUGUCACCAUCCCGAUGUCUACUCUGAUGCCCCCAAGAUUCAACUGGGCAGCUAGCUGGCCCCGUAAUUCCGGGCCUCUGUCGUUUGUUUUAUUGCUAGGGCAUCCCAGGAAGCUUUGCAGU